UGUGUGUAGUUAUUUACGGAAUUCAACUUUGAUAGGCUAGUCCGAGGACCCUGUUCGGGGGUUAUGGCACUUUACAACGGCGAGGCCAAGAAAGAUGUGAACAUUUACAGGGAAGGAGGUCAUACUUUCAGUGUUACUAGUUUCAGUAGUGCCGGGAGUGUUGUUCGAACCGGGAACCGAGGCGGCCAACAACAGUGGCACGAUGUGAAAAUAAAUGUGGUGAGUUCGAAACCCUCGGAUAAUAAUACUACUAGUUGUGUUUUUGUACCAGGCACGUCGGAUUUGAAUUCUGCUACCACGGUGGGCGGAGCCAAGGAGGGCUAUCAAAGUGAUUUCGAUAGCGGUGGUAGUCCCAGGUAUAAUAAUAAUAAUAAACAAAUUGUGUAUUCGCCCGGGUUCCUCCAAGCACAGGGGAAUACGUAUACAUCGACGCCUCAUCAGGUAAGGGGUGAAGGUGAAAACAUGCACAGCGGUAGCCUACAGCACAGCUCCGAUCACCGCGCGACUUUUGUGAGCAGCAUCAACGUGAGGGACUCGAAACCCCCUCCCAUUCCGUCCCCGAUGCUGGGGCCGGGGGGCAAUGUGGGGCUCACGAUUUCGACCAGUUGUCCCGCUCAUUACCAGUCGGUCCACUGGCAGGGUGGGAAGGCAGUGCCGCCACUGGGCGUGUCGCUGCCGCACUCGCCCGAUAGGAAUGUAUUGAUCGCCGGAAAUCGGUAUCCCGCCUCCAAGACCACAUUAAUUAACCCGACGGCCCGGAGCAGCAGUCCCGGACAGUCGCAGCAGAUCAGCGUUCAGUACCAAACCGUCUACCACCAUCAUGGACUGCCUUCUGGAAACGGUAACUCGAAUUAUUCGAGCCCUCGAUCUAGCAUCGGCAGCGGCGAUUCGAAAAACUCCAGCCCCCGCACUAGCUUGACCAACCCGGCUUUGUAUGAGCAGAAAUUCGGGAGCCCGAGGUCAAGCCUUGCACUCGCGAGCCCUCGGUCGAGUUGGAAUUCCGUCACUGGGAUUGAUUCGAAACAUACGAGCCCGAGGACCAGUUUGUCCGGGCCCCAAGAUCGGAUACUUAUACAGCGGGUCAUCGGUGGACUAGAGCACGAGCUGCUCUCCCAGAAUCACGCGAGCCAGUCUAUAAUAAACCUGGGGCUUCGGGGUGACCAUCCACUCAACGAUAACAGAUUCAACGAACCGGCGCCCCCGCACAUCUACACCGAUCCCCGCCAGAGGACUUUACCCCCACAGGCGGCAGUGAGUGUCCACACAUCCACUUACGCCACCAGCGUCAACAACAACAACAUGAUGCACCAAGUGCAGAACGGGGAUUCUCACGCCGUCAUCUCCUCGCCGAAUAACAACUCUGUCAAUUCCAGCUACAGCUCGUCCAACGGUGGGCCGCCCUCGAUUCCCGCUCGGGUACCCUUGAACUACAACGGUUCUCAAAAUUCUGACGCGGAAAAAGCCGUGGCCGCUCUGACCCAGCAGCUGGAGAGGGACAUGAGUUUCUCGGGCUCGGCGUCCAAGAAGAGCCCCGAAUCUCCAGGUUCUCAAAUGGAGCCCCCGCCCCCUUACCACGGUCCUCACGAUGUUCAAACCUCGGUGAAAUUUCACAACCAGAACCAGCCCCAGAAGCCGAACGUCAAACUUGUCGCCCCAGUUCAGGGCAUUCAGGUGCAGUCGGGGUCCCUAGCCUCGUCCAGGAACGCCCCGGGUGUGUCACCAGGCUUGAAGUCUCACCUAGCGUUCCAGGUGACUCCACCCAAGAGUAAAGGGCCCUCGGAUGCCGAGAGGAAGCUGGCGGCCCUGACGCAACAGUUGGAGGAUGAAAUGGAUCACAUCGCAGCAGGGGAUUAUUUUGGUAAGUUAGUGACA